UUGAAGGGAUCUAACUAUGCUGGUCUGCUGGAGCGGCAUCGCAUUCAUACAAAAAAUGUGGAACAUGUUGUCGACAGUUUACGGAAUGAGAGGAUAGAAGUUCGUCUCGUUAAACGUCGAGAAUAUAAUGAAGAGACAGUUCGGUGGGCAGAUGCUGUUAUAUCAGCAGGAGGUGAUGGUACAAUGUUGUUGGCAGCCAGUAAGGUCUUUGAUAAAUCUAAACCAGUUAUUGGAGUAAAUACUGAUCCUGAAAGAUCGGAGGGUCACUUAUGCUUGCCUGUGAGAUACACGCACUCGUUUCCUGAAGCACUACAGAAGCUUUACCGUGGUGAGUUCAGGUGGCAGUGGCGGCAAAGAAUCCGACUGUAUCUUGAAGGAACUGGUAUUAACCCAAUCCCUGUAGAUUUACAUGAACAGCAGCUAAGCCAAGAGCAACACAGCAGGGCUCACAUAAAUGAAAGAUUUCAGGAUCAAAGAUCUGACAUCUCUGGUCCACAUCUUUUACCAGUGAGAGCACUGAAUGAAGUCUUCAUUGGAGAAUCUCUUUCAUCCAGGGCCUCCUAUUAUGAAAUAUCAGUUGAUGAUGGUCCUUGGGAAAAACAGAAGAGUUCAGGGCUUAAUGUGUGUACCGGAACAGGAUCAAAAGCAUGGUCCUAUAAUAUUAACAAGGUAGCACAUCAAGCUGUUGAAGAGAUCCUCAAGAUCGCUAAAAAGCAUGGAAGUUGGAAUAUGCCAUUGAACACCGAAAUAGUACAAAAAGUAACAAAUGAUUACAAUGAGUCCCUGCUUUACAGUCCAGAAGAGCCAAGGAUGUUUUUCAGUGUUCGAGAACCUAUUGUCAACAGAGUUUUCUCAAGUAGCCGGCAACGUGGCUUCUCUUCAAAAGUUUGUGUCCGAUCCCGUUGUUGGGAUGCAUGUAUGGUUAUAGAUGGAGGAACAUCUUUUGAGUUCAAUGAUGGGGCGAUAGCUUCAAUAAUGAUUGAUACAGAGGAUGCACUGUGCACUGUUCUGCUGGAAGAAUGA